AUUCAUCUCUGCUUAAUUCAAAUUGUGCAUUGCGUUAAAUUGAUGUUAAUUCGCAUGGGCACGUAGUCCGUACAUUUAAAAGGGGAUAAAUCGCAAUGAAAUUUCCAUUAUUGACGCUAUUGCGAAUAGUUUUGUGCGAUUUUCGCCGCUGCGGAUGAAUUCCGCUUUGCUAAGGUUUUGUGGAGGUUUUGAAUUAGGUUUCUGAGAAUUUGCUGCUAUGAAGAGCAGCAACGCAGCUGAAUCAGCAGCUUCCGCGGCGGCGACGGAGGAGCUGCUGAAGAAGAUUCAGGAAUUGGAAGUGGGACAGGUGCGCUUGCAGCAGGAGAUGUCGCAGCUCAUGGCUUCACCGGCGGCGGCGGCUCAAAUUGUGGCCUCUGAUCACCGUCAGAGGCAGAGGCCGCACUCAAUUUCGCCACAGAGAGUGCCACGGCGGAGAGUCGAGGAUGGAGUAGUAACCAGGGCGUCGUUUCGGCAUUCAUCUCCACUGCAUAGAGAGAGCAGCCGUCACUGGGGGCCACCGCCCCCUUCGGCUGUUAAUUUUACGGAUAAGCAGUAUUUGAACAUAUUGCAGUCAAUGGGGCAGUCUAUCCAUAUAAUGGAUCCAAAUAAUCUUCUGAUUUACUGGAAUAAAAGGGCUGAAGAACUUUAUGGAUAUUCUAGUGAAGAAGCUAUUGGGAGUGAUGCUCUCGAGAUAAUAACAGAUCCUCAAGACCAUGGGGCGGCUAAUGAGAUUUUGCGUCGUGGGGCGAUGGGUGAAAACUGGACCGGGCUGUUUCCGGUAAAGACCAAGUCAGGAAUAAGGUUUUCGAUAGUUGCAACUAAUACCCCUAUGUAUGAUGAUACCGGUCUCUUUGUUGGAGUUAUAUGUGUCUCGAAUGAAACUAGACCAUAUGAACAAGCAAAGGCUGUGAUGUUGGCUGCUCAAAGGGGCUGCUGGGACAAUCCUUCGAAUUUUAGCAGGCCGAGAGGCAUCACUUUUGGGAAACUCAGUCAUGAUUCUCAGCAGCCUCUGCAAGUAGCAAUUGCCUCCAAGAUUUCGAAUUUGGCUACUAAGGUGAGCAACAAGGUUAAGUCAAAAAUGAGGCCUGCAGAGAGCUGCUCAGAUUACAAUGCUGGCAUCUGGGAAGGUAAUCAUCCUGAUCAAGGCUUCUCGGAUGCAGCUAUGUUUGAUCAUCGGGACGAUGGAGCUUCCAGUGGUGCUAGUACUCCAAGAGGAGAUCCACUUGGAGUUUUCUCUCGUCCGGAAGACUCUCCUAGUAAACAAUCGAGAGAUUCUGGUGAUGAGAAUGAGAGAAAACCUUCGAUUUCUAAGAUCCUUUCCUCAAAGGCGGAGGCGUGGAUGGAAAAGAAGGGUUUGGCAUUGCCAUGGAAAGAAAAAGAACGUGAGAGCACAGAUCUGAAUCCGAAGGUUUCCCGUUUUGUUUGGCCAUGGGAACAGGAUGGCCAGCAGAAUGGAAGGGAGCAGCAAAACAAUGCAUCGUCCACAUUCAAGCAAGAAAGUCCAUGUAUUGAAACCAAUCGAACGACUAAUAACGCGGCGGCAGCUUCCUGGUGCUCUUCUGUUAAUGUUAACAGCUCAAGCAGUGGUAGUAGUGGUGGUAGCACAAGCAGCGGUACUGUUAAUAAACGUGAUGUGGAUACCGAUUCUUUGGAUUAUGAAAUAUUGUGGGAGGACUUGACUAUAGGAGAACAAGUUGGACAAGGUUCUUGCGGAACUGUUUAUCAUGCUCUGUGGUAUGGAUCAGAUGUUGCUGUCAAGGUGUUCUCCAGGCUAGAAUAUUCUGAUGAAGUGAUAUCAUCCUUCAGACAGGAGGUCUCACUUAUGAAAAGACUUCGGCAUCCAAAUAUCCUCCUAUUCAUGGGUGCAGUUAUGUCUCCAGAAUGCCUUGGAAUUGUAACAGAGUUUCUUCCACGUGGCAGUCUGUUCCGGCUCUUGCAGAAGAGUGCAGCAAAAUUAGAAUGGAGAAGGCGCAUUCACAUGGCUUUGGAUAUAGCACGAGGUAUGAAUUAUCUUCAUCAUCACAAUCCUCCUAUCGUCCACCGUGACUUGAAAUCUUCAAAUCUUCUUGUGGAUAGGAACUGGACUGUUAAGGUUGGUGACUUUGGUCUCUCACGUCUAAAAAAUGAGACUUACUUGUUGACAAAGACAGGAAAAGGAACGCCUCAGUGGAUGGCUCCUGAAGUUCUUCGUAACGAACCUGCAGACGAAAAGUCUGACAUAUAUAGCUUCGGUGUGAUACUCUGGGAACUCAUAACUCAAAAGAUUCCAUGGGAGAACCUCAAUUCGAUGCAGGUUAUUGGAGCUGUUGGCUUCAUGAACCAACACUUGGAUAUACCAGACAACGUCGAUGGAGAAUGGGCUUCUAUUAUACAGAGCUGCUGGGACAGUGAACCGCAUUCGCGCCCUUCAUUCCAAGAACUAGUCGACAAGCUAAAAGAGAUGCAGAAACGAUGUGCAAUCCAACAUCAAGCCGAGCGUGCUGGUGCCAGAGAUGCCGCCCAGAAAUAAAUGUAGAUGCAGUCCAAGUGAGUCUACACAUAACUUUUGCUUGUACGAUCCCAAGCAGACGAUGAUACCACAGCCAGUGGCCACGCUGCAUUUGCUUGUGAUGUCGGAUUACAACAUAUCCAAGGCAGCUACCUACCUACCAUAUCGUCGCUGUCUCUUGUCCUUUAUUUCGCGGUCUGUCUCGACUUAGACAUAUUGGUGAUGAUUUUGUAUGUUACAUGAUUUCAUGUUCGCCUUUUUUAUCUGAAACAGGCUGCAAUCUGAGGGCACGAAUCUCAUUCAAGGUUGGAAAUAUUGAAAUUGUGGUGAAGAGUGAGGUGUAAAAUAGUGAAAUUAGCAUGGUGGGAUUUUGGAUGUAUGGAAUGGAAAUAUAUUGAUAUUAAUAUAUGAAAUUUAUGCC